CACAAGAGAUUUCCUGGGCCGUCUCAAAUCUGUACUUUAACAAUUUGACACUGCUUGCAGGGCUCCAACAAGGUUUACAUGUGAGUGAAACUGGAAAAGAGGAGCCUCACCUAAAAGGUCAGACUCAAGACCAAUGGGUCCACAAGGUAAGGUUAUACCUUGAUUGCUCUCUGUCCACAUCUUUGUGUGCUACUUCUCCUAUUUCACUCCCACAGUACCCUGACGGAACUCUAAAUGAGAUUGUUUAAUAGGUACUAAAAACAGAAGCUUGUGGGGUGGGAGUCCCCUGUAGAGCAGUAGUUUUGGGAAGGUUUAAUGUAAAUAGGAUAAAUAUAGGUGCAACCCCAGAUAAGAUGGAGGACAAAUGUCCCCUAACAGAAAUGAUAAGUCUGUAUCCUAACUUUGAGAAACAAUUAAGGAGAAUAUAAACUGCAGCUGCCCAACAGAAUAAGGAUUGGCCUCUAGGAAGCAAUCAUGAUUUAAAUCUACUCAUUAAAGUUGAACAAGGGAUUUGGGAAAAAAGGAAAGUAAGAUGAAAGAAGCCAUAUCAGCGUGGAAAAAGGUAGCUAGAGAAAAAUGGGAAAAAUCCAUGCAAUCAUCAUGGAGACAAAGUUGUACUUUAACAGCAAGUCAACUGGAGAUUAAUUCUGUGACAAAUAACUCACUUUCCAAAACCAUCUGCAAGGCACAAAUCAAGAGUGUGAUGGAAUACUUUCCACUAGCCUGAAUGAUUGCAGCUCCAACAACACUCAAUAAACUUGACACCAUCAGUGCUGGUUUGUCCUAAAGCAGCUCAACUGAUUGCCAUCAUGUCUACAAACAUCCACUCCCUGCACCGGUUGACCCUCAGUAAUAGCAGUGUGUAACAUUUACAAGGUGCACUGCAGAAAUUCACAAAUUUAGAUACCACCUUCCAAACUCAAGACCACCACCAUUGAGAAGGACGAGGAGAAUAUUUGGAAAGAGAGAAGAUAUGUGAACACCACCACUCGCAUGUCCCACUCCAAGCCAUUCCUUCAUAGCCACUGGCACAUAGAGUGCGGCCGUUCAACAAGGCAGUGAAAGGUGGGCAAUCAUUCGCUGGGCUAACACUUCGAGAUUUUCCGAGCUUCUCCAUCACCACUGCAGGUACACUCCUUGAAUUACAUGAAUCCCACAUACGCGAACUCUCUUUCCCCACUCCGCCGUCCGUUAGAACACAGAUUUAAAUCCGAACAGCCAGGGCCAAACACACAUGCGCGGGAGCGGGUGCCGCUGGGCAUGCGCAGCAGAAACACACAAAAUUCGCUUUGGACCGGCCGAAACGUUGUCACUGAUCCCGCUGUGAAGAGUAACAGUGUCGGGAAUGUGAAGUAUUUCUUCUUGUUUGAAGUAAACCAGUCAGAUGAUAGUUUGGUUUCGGUUUGGCAGUCGGGGAAUGCUUCCAGUUACUGCUGGAUGAAAAUUAUUUUAUUGUUUGAACCGCGUCAGUGCAGUUGAACAAUUGGAUUCUGUUCCAGUUUUAUUGACGUAACGUCGACCCCGGGUUCUGUACAUGGCUACUGUUCACAACUCCUACUAGACACCUUUUGUAAGUACUUAAUUCGCUGUCAUUCUCCGUGCAAUUCCAUGCACUUCAAACUUCCCCUAAUGUUACACGUUUUUUCUUUAUUAUUCGUGGUGCACUUGGAUCCCACGCGCCAAACAAGAACCUAAUUUCCUUAAUCGCCAAGCCUUCUCUGGAAGUUGGAUCCAACAUUUAUUUAUGGCAAAUGAAUGGAUUUUAAGUUAUCAUCAUUUUUCGAAAGAUGUCAAAAGGUUUCGGCCCUUCGAUAAUCUGUGCAAGAUGCAAGGAUUUUAACUCUCCAACUAAAGAGAAGACCAGGCAAUCAUGGCUGAUGUCCUACCUAACGCAAUAUUGGAAAUUUGUGUUGUUGUUGGAGCAUCUGAUGAAAAACUGAAGGAAACAUGCCAGGCAGUCCAAAAAGAUGUUGCUCAGUUACAUACUUGUCUUAGCCCAGAGGUUCGCUCAGCUCAUGUUCCUCCAUUUAUUACUCGAGACAUCCCCCACUGUGGUCACAUUGCUCCAAGUUUUACUAGAACUCCAAGACACCGCUCGUUCAGGAGGAAAAAGGAUUUUAAGCAUGCAACAUCCGGCAUAAGCAGUACAAAUGCAGGUCACAAAGAGCCACAGACUGAAGAAAUUAGCAUUCCAAAUAAUAUAGAUCUCCAAGGACUGCCUCAAUUAUGUUUCCCAGGAGAACUGCAAAUAGAAACUGAACCAAAAGAGGAUCACUAUCACUUCUUGGUGUUCACAGAUGUUUUUGGAGCAAGAACCUAUGGUGUGGUGGUGCAGUUUUAUAGGCCUAUUCAGGAAGGAAACAGUUUUCAGAAUGGGCAAGCACAUUGGGAUGCAGCUGUGCAAAAGUCUAGGAUGUCUUUAUAUGCUCCUUUCAGUAUUUGUGUGAUAUCUAAAUUUCCUUACUUUACAGCCUUUAAGGAUUCUCUCUCCUGUCUCACAAUGCAAGUGAAGUCAUGUCAUCAGGUGGACUUUGAUCAUAAAGUUCACCAAUUUGCGGCAAAAUUAGCAUUGGUUCCCAGUUCACCACCUGGAACUCUCCAUUUGGUAUUUAAUUUGAAACCUCUGCAGAUUAUAUUGCCUUCAAAGGAGGAUCGAAAAUACCCUACAGUAGAUUUGGACCUUCACAUUCCUUUUCUCUGCUUCAAACCUGAGUGUAUCCUUAAGAUCCUGACAUGUUUUUUAAUUGAACAGAGGAUAGUCCUUCUGUCAGCUGAUUGGUCUUUGCUGACACUUGUUGCAGAAUGUUUUGUUCUCUAUCUUCAUCCACUUCAGUGGCAACAUACCUAUGUGCCUAUCCUGUCCAAAGGCAUGAUGGAUUUUCUAAUGGCACCAACAGCUUUUUUGAUGGGCUGCCAUGUUGAUUACUUUAAUAACAUUAACUCUGAAAUUGAAGGCUUAAUAUUGGUGAACAUCGAUGAAGGAACUAUUAAAUCAUCAGACUUGUCAGAUAUCAAAAUAGAUAUGCCUGAAAUUCCUUUAGAAGCAGCAGAGUGUUUUAUACAAAGGACAGAAAGUCUACAGUUGUAUUAUGAUCUGGAAUUAUCUCACUUGGGUUCCAGCACAGACAUUUCAGAGUUACGCAUGCGCAGAAGGGAAUGGCAACAGAACCUGAACUUUCAAAUUCAGCAAAUAUCCUUGGAACUGAUGGUUAACAUCUUCAGGGAAGUAUCAGACUUUCUUAAUUAUGAAUAUCGCGUCUUCAACAGUGAAGAAUUUUUGAAGACCAGAACCAAUUCUGAUCGGUCUUUUUACAAAAAGGUUUUGGAGACAUAUAUAUUCCAUUCUUUCCUUAAAGCUCGCUUGAGUGGAAAGAUGGAUGCUUUCAGCUACGCGGAACUCACCAGUUGCUCCGAAAAUGACAGAGGAAAGAUGCUAGCUAGUCCGCGGAGGCCCACAAUGGAAGAAAUGGCCAUGAAGAGGGAGCGCAAUUCUGACUUCUUCAUGAUUAAACGACUUGUUGCAAGCAUGCCAAAUCUACCAGUGGACACCUUGCACGAUUUUUCGAUUGUCCAUCGGUCUAUGGGGAAGAACAAGCAUGAAAAUGCUUUAAAAAAGAGCAUGAAAUCAACAAGAUUCAAGUUGCCAGAGUUUAGUUGCCCUCUGACAUAUUCCAGUGUGAUUGACUGGUAUACAGAAUUUGCCAUCUUGUUAAGCAAAGCCAUGAGUUCCACAGGGCCAGAAAACUCAAGUCUCCUGGCAAGAUAUUACUAUCUUCGUGGGUUGGCUUAUUUGAUGCAGGAAAAGUUUCAAGAGGCACUUUCAGAUUUCCAGAAUCUUUACAAGACUGACCGUGACAUUUUCCCUAAAGAACUUGUAAAGAAAGUGAUUGGUGCAAUGUCUCCAGCUCAACGCAAACAUGCAAGUCGAAAGUCAGAACUAAAGCGACUUAUUAGCAUAAUGUUAGAGAAAGAAGGAGAUAUGACUGCAUCUGAUGAACAUGUGAAAACUUUUCAGCUCCCUAAAACCCACAUGCACCAAGAUGAUUUUUUGAAACGCAUCCAGGAAUCUGGAAUUGUGAAGGAUGUUGACACCAUUCUUCGGUUGUUUGAUGCCUUAACUAUCGUCAGUUCUGAAAAGAACAGCCUUAAUUAUCGUGAAAUGACUUCGGAACAAUGUCCAACAUCUAAAGUGGUUUCAAGAUCAGUAUUUUAUUUAUCGGCUGAGACUGGUAAGCAGAAUAUAACAUUGUGCCAUCUCCAAACACUAACAACUUUAACAUCCAUUUUGAUACCUUUCUACUUUAUAACAUUGUCAUGCAAAAACUGCAGUAUCUUCACAAUGCAUGUUUAUUGUUGGUGGUACUUAAGGUACUGUUCUAAUUUUGAACAUUUUUCCACCCUGAUUUUAAUUUGACUACCUAUGGCAGCUGUGCUUUCUGUGACCCAGGCCCCAAACUUUAGAGUUCCUUCCCCAAAUAGUUCUGCCCCGCUCUUCUUUUAGAAUGCUUUUUUA